AUGUCUGAAAUAAUUGCCGACAAUAGGAAUGGUAUGUCGAGAGAGACCAUACAUUCGGUGUGUAUUUCGUGGACUAAUAUCCGGGUGUCGACUAAAACCCAGAAAUCUAUUUAUAAUUGUUUUCAAACCAAUGAAACACCGAAAGAGAUCCUAAGGAACGUAUCAGGUCGAGUUAAAGCUGGAGGCAUGUUGGCUAUAAUGGGCUCCAGUGGCUCCGGAAAGACAACUCUAUUGAAUGUAUUGACGGCAAGGAAUUUAUCGCAACUGUCCGUCAAUGGAGUGGUACUCAUGAAUGGACAGACAGUCAGUCAACAGACCAUUGCAUCCAUUUCCUCGUAUAUACAACAACACGAUUUGUUUCAACCGUUUGAUUUAACGAAAUGCGCGGAAACAAGGAUUGGAGACAACAAACAAUUGAAAGGCAUUUCCGGCGGAGAAAUGAAAAGACUGUCCUUUGCUUCAGAGGUUCUCACAAACCCUUCGCUAAUGAUUUGGUGAGAAAUACAACGAAAAU